AUGUACGACUGGGCCUAUGUCCCCACCAAGGGCAACUACCUAUGGACCGUCGCCGCCGACACCUCGCAGCCCCGCACCUCCCAGCAAACCUACCUGAUGCGCUUCGACCGCACCGCCAAAACGUGGUUCACCGUCGGGAGCUUCGGCGUCCUCGUCAACACCGGCACCAAUACCUGGGGCGCCGUGUAUGCCUCCGCCGACGGCUUUCUGUACGGCUCCGAGAACAACUCCGGGAGGAUCUUUCGCUUCAAUGUCACGUCCGUGCAGGCGACGUCGUUGGCGACGGGACCGGGCACGAGUGUCAAUGACGGUGCGCACUGGUAUGUGAUGAUGCUUGAUAUCUUUUGCGCUGAAUAUGAAAACUUUUAG